CACCAAUCAGGGCAGGGAUGCCUGGGGGUGCCAGGCAAAAUUGUGAAAGGGCCGCCCGUGGUCGCUUCCACAGGAAGUCCUGUAGAUGAGCACAGAGAUUGGCUCGCUGGGGAACGGAAAGGGCGAUUAAGCAAGACAAGACUGUUAACAGUUCUAGAGCUCGUGGGCUCUGUAGGGCAGCAGUCACCUCACCACCAGGUCCCAGAGCCCAGGGCUGCGUGUUCCACUGGGAGCCUUUGAGAGGGCCAAUGAACCAUGGAGACAGGACAGAGAACAUCUCGAAAAGUCCGGAAGCUGGGCUCCAGCCGGCGGCGGCAGACAAGAGAGCCAGCUGAUGGUGAAGAUGCUGAGGUGGCCCCAGAGCCAGAGUCUUGGUCCUCUCAGGCAGCGGCAGAACUACAGGCCUUCUUCCAGGACUGCGGUGCCAAGGAAAGGGGCUUUGUCACCCGCAAGGACCUAGCGGUGGCCAAGUUCAGCUUCCUGGGCAGCAAGGAGGAGUCAGAGAUGAUCUUCGACUGGGUGGACGUGGAGCGGAAGGGACAUCUGUCACUUGAAGAAUUCAGCUCUGGACUCAAAAACAUCUUUGGCUCCAGCCAGAGCUCCCACAGGCUCCGCAGAAGAAAGCCACUGCCCUCUAAGCAGGUGUCUGCUACCACCAGUUUCCCAGCUCUGGAGGAGGCGGAUGCUGAGGAGAAGGAGGUGUUCCUUGCCUUCAUAGAGCAGCUGGGGACUGGACACUUACUUCCCAAGCAGACAGAAAUCUGGCAGCUGUGGGGGCAGCUGCGGCAGGAGGAGCCCCAGCUGGCAGGCAACCUGGCAGGCUUUCUGGCCAAGAUGACCAGACGCCUGCAGGAGGCCCAGGCAGACAAGGAGGCCUUGGAGCUGACCCUGAAGAAGUGUGACUCUGACCACCACCGCGAGGUCCAGCAGCUCUAUGAGGAGAUGGAGCAACAGAUCCGCCAGGAGAAGCAGCAGCUGCAGGCCGAGAGCGACUCUCGGGGCCUGGCCCUCACCUCCCAGAUGCAGGACGUCCUAGAAGCCAAGGAGCGCGAGGUGCAGCGACUAGCUGAGGGCCAGAGGGAGCUGGAGGCCCAGCUCUCCCACCUCAGGAGCACACAUCAGGAGGCUGCCUCAGAGAACCAGCAGCUGCGGGAGGCCAAGCGUGACCUGGCUGGGCGGUUGGAGGAGGUGCAGGGGCAGCUGCAGGUGACCAGGGGGCGCCUGGACGCUGCCAGGGGCCGGGUAUCCUGGCAGGUGGAGGAGAAACUGAGUGUUCCUGGAGUGGGUGAGAAGACCCCAGACCCUCGGGCUGUCUCCCCUGAGGAGGCCCCCCUGCCUGGGCUAUUUGGGGACAAUGACGACUGGGACCAGCUCCUGAGCAACUUUGGCAGCCCUCCGCACGGAGCCCUGCAGCUCUGCUGGAGCCCGCCCCCGACCCCAAGAGCCACCUCAGGCCCCCAGACACCCCGUGUGGUCAGGCAGAUCUCCAUCUCGGAGCCACAGGCUUUACUAUUUGGUCAGGAGCCAUCUUCAGAUCCAGAUGGGGCUCCAAGGACCCCCUCUGGGGUGCCUUUCAGCGCCAAGGACAGUAAAGGAGUGGACCCAAAUGAGCAGGACAUUAGUGCAGAGCAGCCUGUCGAACCGCACGACCUGGACCCCAACCAGGAGCCGGGGUCCACCCCCGAGGGCCGCCUCCUCUGGGGUCUCUCAGGAAGCCUGGUGGCACCUGCAUUCAAAGUGCUCAUUCCUUUGGAGGACAGGCCCCCUCCCCCUCCCCAGGCCCCAGCUGGGUCCAGCAAACAGAUCCAGGCCUCAGACCAGGAUGACAAGGACCCUGGGUCUUGGGCUCCUCCCAGGGGGGCUCAGCCUGGGGCUGGAGCAGGACCCCGGGAAUCCACACAAACCCCUCCCACCAUGACUGAGCCAGAAACCCAGCCCAGACCCUCGCCCACAACUGCCUUCACAGGAGUGGGCCCAGCCAAGCCGCCCAGGCAGAGAGAGACCCUCCAGCAGAACCUGCAUGCCACUGGCUCUGAGCCAAGACCGGGGGCCCAGAGGGCCAGAGCCCUCACCCUGGGGCCAACUGAGCCCUUCCAGGGCCUGGAGUUUGUGGGUCCGCUGCCCACAGAGAGGUUGGAGCAGGGCCAUGCAGGCCCAGUGGUGCAGGAGGGCCUUCCUGAGGGGCUAAGAGAAGCUCAUGGCCAGGUCCUUGGGCUGGGUGAGCUGCCUGCCCUCCCCCACCAGGGGCUAGAAGAGGAACCCAGGUCUGAGGAAGGAAAACAAGAAGGCCGAGGUGAACAGGACCUCAGUUCAGAGCAGUCAGUUGAGGCUCACGGCCUGGAAACUGCGCAUUCGCAACUCCCCCAGCAAGAUUCUCUGCUUGUUUCUCUCCCAUCUGCCACACCACAGGCUCAGGUGGAAGCAGAAGCCCCCGGUCCUGGAAAACAGGCACCUCCAAGGGGCUCUCCUCCCGGAGGGGCUCAGCCUGGGGCUGGAGCAGGACCCAAGGAACCCACGCGAACCCCUCCCACCAUGGCUGAGCAGGAAGCCCAACCCAGGCCAUCCCUCAUGACUGCUCACGCAGAAGAACAAGGCCCCCGUCACUCCAGGGAACCAAGGGCAGAGAGCAGGCUUGAAGAUUCAGGAACGGACUCCAGGGAGGCUGGGCUGACCCCAUCCCCGGGAGACCCCAUGGCUGCAGGGGAACCCCAGGCCAACCCUGAUUACCUCUUCCAUGUCAUCUUCCUGGGAGACUCCAACGUGGGCAAAACAUCCUUCCUGCACCUUCUGCACCAGAAUUCCUUCGCCACCGGAUUGACAGCUACCGUGGGAGUAGAUUUUCGGGUCAAAACCUUGCUGGUGGACAACAAGUGCUUUGUGCUGCAGCUCUGGGACACGGCUGGCCAAGAGAGGUACCACAGCAUGACGCGGCAGCUGCUCCGCAAGGCUGAUGGGGUAGUGCUCAUGUACGACAUCACCUCCCAGGAGAGCUUUGGCCACGUGCGCUACUGGCUAGACUGUCUCCAGGACGCAGGGUCGGAUGGGGUGGUCAUCCUUCUCCUGGGAAACAAGAUGGACUGUGAGGAAGAACGGCAAGUGUCCACAGAAGCUGGGCAGCAACUGGCUCGGGAACUGGGGGUCUCUUUUGGGGAGUGCAGUGCCGCCUUGGGUCACAACAUCCUGGAGCCUGUGGUAAACCUGGCCAGGUCACUGAGGAUGCAAGAAGAAGGCCUGAAGGGCUCGCUGGUGGAGGUGACCCCCAAGAAGCAGCCCAAGAAAUUCGGUUGUUGCUCCUGACCACUUGUCCUGUCCCGGGUAGGAUGGACGCCCGCAUGGUUUCCUGUCCCUCAGCUCCUGUUCUUCGUUCCUGGACAGCAACGAAACAGAGGACCAGCUUGGAGGUUCAGGAAAACCCUUCUCAAAUCAGGACUCGGAUCCCAAAGCAGGGCUGCAUCACCUCUGCCUUUCAAACUCCAAAGGAGGGCUUUGUUGAGUGAACAAGACUUGGGGGGCAGGAGUACGGCAAAACUCUCCAAAGAAAGAAAAAGUCUGGAAAAACAACGUAAGGAAAAUACACCAAAAUAUUGGCCACACAUCUGUGGGUGAUAAAAUUAUAGCGAGAAUGUGUGUGUGGGGGUGUUACUUUCGAUUUUACACAUAUUUGUAUUUUCAGAUUUUCAACAAUAACGAUAUUCAUUACAUAAUCAGAAAAAAAGAGAUGAGGAGGAGGAGAGAAACUUUCCAAGGAGCUCCCUUGGGUGCUGCUGGCUCCUAAUUGGUGUAACCUGUUAAUCACCGCUCAGUGUUAGAGCGGUCCCUCUGUGCUCUGCCUGGCAGGGCGCUGUUGGCCUGGUCUCCCUCGCUAUUUCUAUUUACAAGGAUGGGCUUUCUUCGGUUCCUGGGAAGAGUGAUGAUCCGAAGGCCUCUGAUAUGCCCUGAUGCCCUCCUGUCUUGCAGAGCCCCGACCUCACUCCCUUUCCCCAUGAUACGAAACACACCUCACAGGGGUCACAUUCGAGGGUCCCAUCCCCUGCUCCAAUGCCACGGUGUCCCCAAGCACAGGGCUUCGGCCUGAGUUGUCAGUCUCUGGAUGUAUUUGAAGGGCAACUAGGGUGUGGCUGGGGGUCCAAACAGCUGGGGAGCCUAGACUCAGAAUCAUUCACACACUCUUCUUUGGAGCUUUUGCAGAAGUUUCCGGAAUUCCACAAUAUUCACCUCCUGAAUGGCGGCUGCACCUUAUCGGCCAGGGCUGGGGUUUCCGGUGCCCUCGGAGAGCUUGCUUUAGAGUCUUAGAGAGACUGCCAUGGUCUGUGUUUGUGUGUCUGUCACAUCUUACCAUCAUCACAAAUUGAAUAGACAACAUGUGCCAGGCACUGAGUUUGUUUGAUUGUUUUUUGAGACAG